CUCACCGGAGACUGAUGACAGAAUACUGAAAGUUUCCACUGCUAUUUUUGCCUGCGCUCCUCCAGAGACACUGACUGUGACUGGAUGUUAGCUCAGUGGAAUUUACUCUACUGCUGGGGACCAUGCAGAUGAAAGGAGGAAUCCAGCCACAUCUGCAGCCUGGGGGACUGUAGCUUUGUUCCAGAGAGUGCUCAUUUUUAUGUGGUGACUUGUUACGAUUAAUUGAAUCAUCAUUUUCUUGACUUCAGUGUAUAUUCCUGAGACUAGUGAUUGACAUGCACAGCUUUGAGACCUUUAGAUUGUCUCCUGGUGUGUGUACAUGCUCAUCAGCUGUGACUGUCACUUUGUACUUUGCAGUUUGAGCGUCUGACCGACUGAAACAAUCAUGGCCAGCAUGGCCGUUCAGCUCCUCGGUUUCUUCUUGGGCCUGCUGGGGUUUGUGGGAACCAUGGUUGUGACUCUGCUCCCCCACUGGCGCACCACGGCCUAUGUGGGCUCCAACAUCAUCACAGCCACCGCCUACAUGAAAGGCCUGUGGAUGGAGUGUGUGUGGCACAGCACUGGCAUUUAUCAAUGUGAGGUGUACAGAUCUCUGCUGGCACUGCCACAGGACCUACAGGCUGCCCGGGCACUCAUGGUGCUUUCCUGCAUCACCUCAGCCCUGGCAUCUCUGGUCUCUGUGAUGGGGAUGAAGUGUACCCGCUUCGCACGUGGCUCGCUGAUCAAGUCUCCGCUGGCAAUGAGCGGAGGGAUAUGUUUCAUCUGUGCAGGUGUCCUCUGUCUAAUCACUGUAUCCUGGACCACCAACGAUGUCAUAAUGGACUUCUACGACCCCUUCCUCCCUAGCGGGCAGAAGUAUGAGAUCGGCCUGGCCGUGUACCUUGGAUACGCCUCAGCUUGCCUCAGUCUGAGCGGAGGACUAGUACUGUCCUGGAGCAGCUGUGGUGACAGGUCACGGAGUUCCCCUCCUAUUCAGAUGAGUCAACCAUCAUCGCCUCCCCCUGCCUUCAACCACAUAUACCCCCCUUCUCCACCAUACAAGCCCCCUGAGGCCUUGAAGGACAAUCGUACUCCAUCAUUUUACUCCCUUUCCAGCAAUGGAUACAGGCUCAAUAACUAUGUCUAAAACAGGAGGAUAUACAAACACAGUAACUGUGGUCAUGACAGCUGUGUCCAAUCUCCAACACUUCUCCACCUUAUUUGUAAUUCUAUAUCUUUGCCACCUCCUUACCCAUAAAACAGGAUGGACACGGAAAAGUACCAGUUCCUCACAUUUCUAUAUUUGACCACUACAGAUAAGACAACUUGACAAACGAACUUCGCUGUGAUCAGGUCUGAUGUCUCAGUUACAAGGAACCAAAGUCUUGAAGAGAGCUGAGAACUAAAACUUGUUGACCUGCUGUCACACAGCCAAAAGACCAGAAGGUGGCAGCACACUCCUGCAAGUAGUCACAAUGAUGGACUAUAUGGACUCCCAUAUUCUAACUUUAACAGCCAUGUUAAUAUUUGACCAGUUGUCUUCCAUUUUUAGUUUUGGUUAAGUCUUUGUAAUAGUGCAGGCUGUACAUCAGUAUUUAUAAAAAACAAGCACAUUGUAUUUAAGGUCUGUAUUCGUUUUAUUAAUUUUAUGGACCCUGA